AUGUUUGGGACGCCUGUCAACAGCCCCACAUCAAGCCCAAGGCGUUUUCCGCGUGUCGAAACACCCGUUCACCGCGCCAGCCGUCGCCUACUAGGCCUGAGCCCAGAAUUUGGUCCCCUACCAGGAGGUCUGCCUGUUACCACGAGUGCCCAAGCCAUGGCAGACCCAGGCCCUGCACAGGUGACUCUUUUAACUCCUCGAUAUCCCGCGAGCUUCCACGGCAAUGCCUACGAGGACGCAGAAGACUGGCUCGAGGAAUACGAGCGCGUAGCGAAGUACAAUGAGUGGCAUGCUGGACAGAAGCUAUCCCAUGUGUAUUUCUAUCUUGAAGAAGGAGCCCGCACGUGGUUCGUAAAUCGCGAGAUACUGCCCAAUUUAUUCUAUGGGGAGCCCAUAGGAACCCGCUACCGUCCGCUACGAACCCAUAGGUCCGGCGACCCUUGUGCGUGCUGCAAUUCUACGCUUUCUAGAGAGCUACGAGCCCUCAUAUUGCUUAACAAGUGCAGUGAUAAAGCAGCGAUACUUCACGCAAGACACGGCAAUCCUGCGGAAACCACUGUACUUGAAAUUGCAGCGUCAAAGUGUCGAGCUCUCGCCGGAUCAAGACAUCGAUACGUUCAAACAACUAUUAAGUUGCGGCCGAGAUGCCUCCAUUGCAGUGACUUCUGUGGCAUUGAAAGUGGAAAACUGUUCUGUCGGAAAACACACAUCAGGUUUCACAUUGGAUCAAAGGAUUCCUCCUCUGCAACAACUAUCCAUGACGACAAGUCACAGCAAGGACACCUCCACCACUGUGAUCGCUGUGACUAUAAAACUAGAAAACCGUCUGAUCUGAAAGCGCACAUUAGGGCCCACACAGGCGAGCAUCCCUUUAAAUGCCCUUUGUGCUCUUACAGCUUCUCACGCAGAUGCCAUCUGAUUAUUCACCUGCGCGUUCACACAGGCGAGAAGCCAUUUCAGUGCCCUUCAUGCUCUCGGAGUUUCUCACAAAGACCCACUCUUAAUAGGCACCUCCGAGUCCACACUGAAACAUACCAGGGCAUGCAUACACUACCAACCACCCGCUUCAAUCCAAAUUUGUGCUUUUUACUGGCUCUCCACCCUGUGAGCAAGAAACAAGGUGCAAAAUCGGUCAUCGCAAAGCCUCAUCUUGCACCGAAGUCAAAGCAUCAGGCGCCUUUUAUACUAGAAGCUUCCAUUGCAGUGUUUUGAGCCAGCACAUAGUGUACAUAAACAUCUGACACUGAUUGGGAACAUCACCUAUGCUCUCUGCAGUAAGCUGUGCACAGGAGAAGUUCAUGCCUAUCUAUAGAAAAAAAUGUAGCCCAACCAGACAAAAUAAAAGGAGGUACUAGCAAUACAAAGUUUUAAAUGGCACUUUAUCCUUUCCCUUGAGUUUUCUGUUUUUGUGCUUUUUAUUAUGGAUCCUCCACAGUAACCACGCGAGUGCUGAACUUGAGCUGGUUGGUUUCAUGUCUCAUGAUUGUUAGUAACAGAACAGUGUGAUAAACGAACAAGGGCUUAGAGUCAC